AUUUUUAUAUUUUGAGUAUAUUUUUAUUAUUCGUUUCUGGAAAUAUAAUCAAUCGGAAAGAAAAGUAACCAAAACUCUCAAAACAGCUCGUCGUCCUGUGCCGCCACUUUUUCCCACCGCCGGUCGUAAUCUCAAAAGACCUUACCACGCAAUAGGUGCUCUCUAUUUCCUCCUCCAAACCGAAGAAUUUUUUAUUUUUGAUUAAUCUCUCAGCUACAUUUUGUUGCUUUUGGAUUAGUUUUGGUCUUUUUCUUCUUUAUCGUUUACUUCUGAAUUCUUAUGAUAAACACUGAUUUUAUCCUUCUAUAUCUUUUCGCUGGAUUUGUCAGAAUCAACAAUGUCAGAAGCGUCGGAACAGAAUCCCACUCCAGCCCCUGAAGACAAUUCUGAACAGUUUUCCACCAUGGCCUUAGAAGCAGAAGGAGAGUCAGAAGGAGGGAAGAAAAUGUCCAAGAAGGAGGCAGCCAAGCUGGAUCGUCUGCGUAAGAAGCAAGAGCUAAAAGCCGCUGCCACUGCAAAUUCGGGUGCUGCUGCUCCUGCCUCUGAAGACCCUUUGGCAGCUAAUUACGGUGAUGUGCCGCUUAACGAGCUUCAGUCCAAGGCAGUUACAGGGCGCCAAUGGACAGAAGUUGGUAAACUUGAUUCAGGAUUUGAGGCCCAGACAGUCCUUUUUAGAGGUAGGUUGCAGGCUAAAAGGGGGAAGGGUAAGUUGGCCUUUUUGGUAGUGAGGGAAAGGGGCUUUACCGUGCAAUGUGUGCUGAAUGUUAAACCUGAUGUUGUGAGUCCCCAGAUGGUAAAAUAUGCUACUGCCCUGAGUACUGAGUCUAUCAUUGAUAUUGAAGGAGUAGUUUCGGUGCCCAAAGUUCCUAUCGAAAGUACUACGCAAAAGGUUGAAGUUCAUGUUACCAAAAUUUAUUCCAUAAGCAAUGCGGAGCCAGUCCUACCUGUUAACAUAGAUGAUGCUGCGAGAAGUGAAACUGAAAUUGUGAAAGCUGAGCAGGCUGGUGAACCAGUUAUUCGAGUUAAUCAAGACACACGUUUGAAUAACAGGGUCCUGGAUUUGCGGACACCUGCAAACCAGGCAAUAUUCCGCCUUCAGAGUGAAGUUGGGAUGUUUUUUGAGCAAUAUUUGCGAGCUAAAGACUUUAUUGCACUUCAUACACCUAAGCUGAUGCCUGGUUCUAGUGAGGGGGGUUCUGCUGUUUUUAAGCUUGAUUACAUGGGGACACCUGCUUGUCUAGCUCAGUCACCUCAGCUGCAUAAACAAAUGGCUAUUUGUGCCGAUUUCGGGCGUGUCUAUGAGAUAGGGCCUGUUUUCAGAGCUGAGCGUUCAUUCACUCAUAGACAUUUGUGUGAGUUCGUAGGCCUUGACGUGGAAAUGGAAAUAAAAGAACACUAUUCAGAGGUCAUGGAUAUUGUUGAUGAGUUAUUUGUGUCAAUGUUCGAUAGUAUAAAUAAGAACAGUCAAAAGCAGCUCGAGGCAAUUAACAGACAGUAUCCAUUCAAGCCCUUGAAGUACUUGCCCAGGACAUUGCGCCUUACGUUUGAAGAAGGGAUCAAAAUGCUCGAGGAAGCUGGUGUUAAUGUUGAUCCCCUUGGUGAUCUGAACACCGAGAAUGAAAGAAAGUUGGGAGAGCUUGUAAAGGAAAAGUAUGACACAGAGUUCUACAUACUCCACCGGUACCCUUUGGCUGUCCGUCCUUUUUACACCAUGCCAUGCUAUGAUAAUCCAACUUAUAGUAACUCCUUUGACGUUUUCAUUCGAGGAGAGGAAAUUAUUUCUGGUGCGCAACGUGUUCAUGAGCCUCAGCUCUUAGAAAAACGAGCUAGAGAAUUGGGUAUCGAUGUCAAAACCAUAUCUACGUAUAUUGAUGCAUUCAGGUAUGGAGCUCCACCGCAUGGUGGUUUUGGUGUCGGAUUGGAGCGGGUGGUUAUGUUGUUUUGCGCGCUGAACAACAUACGCAAGACGUCACUUUUCCCCCGUGAUCCAAACCGCCUUGCGCCGUAGUUGAGCAACAAUUCAAACUGGUGGUUUUAUCCUUGUCUGUAGUUUCCCCGUAAAUUAAAAGUGGUCAACCUUGUUUUUAGUAUGAGAGGUAUCAAAAAAUUAUUAGAAAGGGAUGCUUCUAUUGUAGGAGAUUUCGUUCCAUAAGUCUCAGGUAACAUUUUCUUAUGAAGAGUAAUGUAACUCUUAUUCCUUUCUCCAUUUUCAAUCAGGUACUUGGAAUAACUAGUGAAAUAGGGUUCAGGCUCUGAAUAUUCUUUGAUGAGCAGAAAUUAGCUCAGUUUGUGAACGAUCCCAAAACUCCCCCACUGUAAAAUAAUGGUCCACUUUUCUGGAAUGGAACAACACAAAAGACUACCAUUUUCAAAAUUGAUACAAGCAAAAUCUUUCCUCAGA